AUUACGUCGCACGGUCAGUUCCUUUGCUUGGUUAUGUGCCCGAACUGUCUACGUCAAGGGCCGUCAUUUCCAGCAGUCGCUUGACGCUGUUGAAGUGGGAGAUCACGGCAGAGCACUAUGGUAGCUGUGAUGAAGAUGGAAGAAAACAUACAAAGAUGAGAGAAGCUGAUACAACAGAUAUGAUGAAAUCACAGGAAAGAGUUCCCUGGUCAGAGGGAAGGGGCAGUGAGCGAAAGCGUUGUGACUCCUUUGUGAACAGCCUGUUUGAAGAAGCAGAGGAUGCUGGCAUUCUUGAUGCUUCUCCAGAUGACAACACAAGCAAAGCUGAUGUUGUUAUCAAAAUGUGGAAAAACGGUUUUACAAUCAAUGAAGGCCAACUCAGGGAUUAUGCUGAUAUUGCCAGCCGUACAUUUAUGGACUCCAUGAGAAAGGGGGAGCUGCCUUUAGAAUUACAGAAUACCUUUGGGAAAGAAGAGGUUGAUGUUAAUGUUGAGGACAGGAAGACUGAAGAGUAUUUGACUUGCAAACCACAUAUCAAUCCAUUCUCGGGUCUUGGAUACCGAUUGGGAAGCGCUACACCAAAAAUUAUUACACUAAAUGGGAUUGAAGAUGAGCCGUUUCCUACUGUUGCGCUGGAUGAACUGGAGCCAAUUACUAAUAUAAAGAUUUGGUUGGCUGAUGGAGAAAGGAUUGUGCAGAAGUUCAACACUUCACAUCGGGUUAGUGAUUUGCGUGACUUUAUUAAGAAAAUACCAGGCAAAUCGGUGAAUAUUCCUUUUACACUCGCAACCUUUUUCCCCCUUCGUGAACUGUUGGAUGAGACUAUCACUCUUCAGGAAGCGCAGCUGCAGAACUCAGUUUUGGUUCAAAAACUACAAAAAAUGUCAGAACCUUUCAGGAACUCUUAAGCUUUGUGUUUAUCAGAACCAGAAAAUCUUGUGGCAGCUGGUGCUAUAAAACGUAGUGUUUCAAAUAUGUAGCGCAGAUAUUUUCCUGAUCACAAAAGCACUGUGAAUGAACUAAAAAAAACAGUAGCUUAGGAGCUUAAUGCCUAUUGGAUUUCAUGGGCAUGUGCGACUGACAUUUGCAAAACUGCUAAAAUAUUUUAUUGCACUGUGAUGCUUCUGUCAUCCCAACUGGUUGAAGUGGGAAGUCUAAUGUAUUAACCAAUGAAAUUGCCUCAUACGGAUAUGCUCAGGCCCUUUUUCUUCCUUACAGGUGCCUAAAUGCUCUGAUUUUUAUCUUUUUUUUUUUUUUUUUUAAUUUUUAAAAUUUUCUUCAAGCAUUGUUUGCAUUGCACUACACUAUUUUGAAAUUGGUUGUGUUAAAGCAGCACUUCAUAUCUCUUUUCACAAAAAGAUACUUGGCCCACAGAAUAAUACUCGGCAAUAUGGAAUACUGGGUCUGUCAUCUGCCCAGGAAACCUUUGCUCUUCAGGCUGAAACGAGCAAUAACUGUAAGAUUAAUAUUUAUUGCUUUGGGUGUUCAUCGUUAGUCCCCAAGGAUGGCUUAUAUACAUAUUCCUACUGUAGUAAGGUGUGGGUCAGUCCAUAACUAGCUCACUUUCAUUAAUACACCGGUACUCAGCUUUAUUGUAAUCUCCUCCCUGUAAACAGAGGUUGGACACUUAUGCUAUGAAUUACACGAAGGAAUAGGUUCUAACCCCUUGUCUGCAAAAUAUUGCUGUAGCACAUUGCUAUGCAAUGCUUGUUAGCCUUCUCUGGCAGCCAAGGGGUUAACUGGAUUGAUUAGCAAUGCAAACAUUCUAUAAUUGUGUGUUUUUAUUGACAUUUUUUAUAAAUGGGAAGGUUGUUAUGAGAUUCUCUUUUGGAGGCUUUUUUUCCUCUGAUAAACGAGUAAUUUUGUUUUGCCUGCCAACUUUGUCACCAUAAUUACAUGGGGCCUGUAUUGUAUUAUAUAUCACAAGUAUUGUAAUCCCUUAAGUGGCCCCUCACAAUCAUUACAAGGACAUUUCUAAUGUAUUUGAUUCAGUAGGCUAUAUACAAUCUUUAUCAAUGGUUUUUAUAAGUAUUAAAAAUUUUAAGUUGCUUA